ACAGACUUCCCCGGUUGGCCGGCUCCUUCCCUUCAUCCCUUGCCACGCCGGCUAUUUCGUUCAGGGCGCUCGAGGGCGAUCUCUCUCGCUCGCGGCGAAGCAAUCCAUCAGCUGUUGGCCAUGGCCGGGGGAAGCAUCCGCGCGGCCGCCAAGGCCGCGGUGAUCGGCGGCUACCGCUCCGCAGCCUACAUGCGGCGCGUCGUCACCCCGUCGUCCCAUACUUCCUCCGCCGACGGCCGGAAGGCUUCCACGUUCGCGGCGGACGACUGGGUCAUCACCGACCGCGAGGUGUUCGGCCCCGUGCCCACUCAUGAGGAGGCCUUGGCUGCCACGCUCGACCUCAAGGACGCCUUCGAGAUUGCCAAGGAUAAACCUCAUGUUGCUCACUUGGAAACCCCGAAGAAACAUCUCUGGCCUGCUGAGCUGGAUAGUCACGCAAAGUCUGCUCAAGAAAUUGCACUUCCGGAACUUGUUCACUCUGAAACACUUCAGGGCGUUGUUCAUUCAGAAGUGUCUAAGAAGGAUGAUAACUACGAAAAUUUUCUCGUCUCAUCCGGAACUCCGGGACGUGUUGUGCAAGCAUUCACAUUCCUACAUGAGAGCCCUGAAGCUCAGGAUGUCGUGGCCUCACUUGCUUCUGAUAAGAAUGUUUGGGAUGCUGUGAUGAAGAACGAAAAGGUUAUGAAGUUCUACAAGGCAUAUGAGUCAAAGCUUAGCGAGUGUUCUAGUAUUGCUUCGAGUGUAUCUGGUGAUGAGGUGGAGGAUGGUGAGGCAGCUAGCCUGCGAAGCAACACUUACCUCUCUCAAAGCACUGGUGAAUCAGUGAAGGAUUAUUUGGAGAAAAUGAAGGCCCUGGUGUCCGAGAUGAUGGCCAAUCUGUCAAACAUGAUGCAAGAUCUUGUCGCAACCUCUGAUGAGGGCCGUAGCAAGGGGACGAUCAAGACCCUGAUAAUGAGCUCCAGCAAAGAUUUUCCGAAUGCACCCUCUGCCUUUGUGCUCCUGGCUAUUGCGUCGAUUAUGGUAGUUUUGCUUAAGCGUGUUUAGGUCAGUCAAACACAAUAGAUAAAGGAACUUUGCAAACAUUAGCAUGUUAUUUAACUCUGUUGGAACAUUGUUUUUUCUUAUGUGGGGCUCAAUCUUCUUAGAUCAACUAGUGGUUGAACAUAGUUUGAGCGUGUAUCUGUUCCAAAGGUAGAUUUUUCACCGAGUUGGACAUCUGAUCUCAUGUCAUAUCCGCCCCAUCAUUUGAGGGUUUGGCUGAAUUUGAGGGUUUGGCUGACACGUAA